GCCAGUCCUCAGUUCACCCUCACCUGUAUCUCCACUGGUGGACCUGCUACCACUGUCACUUGGACCAGAGACUCCACCACUGUCACCCAAGGAACCCAGACUGUGUUGAAUGACCCAGUGACUGCAAACUAUAGCCACACCUUGAAUGUGACCACAGCAGGAGAUUACAUAUGUACUGUGUCUAAUAUUGCUUUCUCUAAGUCGGCUACUAUCUCAUUAGAAGGAACAUCACCUCCCACUGCUGUGACAGCAGUCCAGGAUGGUCCCACUAGUAUCCUAGUGUCUUGGAGUCCAUCCAGUGAUGCCACUGGCUAUAGAAUUGACUAUGAUGGUGGAGGCGUUGGUGAUAGGGUAGAGCUCGGUGCUGAUUCUACACGUUUGAAACUUACUGAUCUUACUAUUGGAGAGACCUACACCAUAUCCAUUGUAGCUACGUCUCCAAACCAACUGGCAAGUUCCCCCAUCAUGAAACAAGUUAGACUAGUGUCGACUCCAGCCCAGCCAAUGGUGGUCACCGAUGCCGUUGUGGCCACAGCAGAUACAAUCACUAUCUCCUGGGCCGUUCCUCCUGAUGUAACUGGCUCUGAGGUGAGCUGGGAGCUAACAGAGCAGAUGAGAAGAAGAAGAAGAAGAGGAGUCUGCAAUGCUGAGGGAGGGACUAGUGGACGACUCCCUGCAGACCAGAACAGCUACACUAUGGACAAGCUGAGCAGUGGAACUAGUUAUGACAUCACUGUCACAGUCUUCAACCCUGCUGGGAACUCUUCCACCACCUUCACUCGCUCUACUGAUGGAGGAGUGAUUGAUGCCAACCAGGCAGAGAGUACUAGCUGUGAAUGUGACAACACAUCUGCCAUUAUUGGUGGAGUAGUGGCUGUGGUUGUGGUUCUUAUAAUCGCUACGUCACUGACAGUCAUAGUGGUAGUGAUUCUAGUGCUGAGAAGUCGCAGUGGAAAUUACUCUGCAAAAACAAGGCAGGAUCAUAAACUCUUACAUUAGUAUGACAUAAUAAUUAUGUCAUUGUAUUUGAUACAGAGCUAAGGUUGGAGCUACAAAUCAAUCAGUGGAGCUCUCCAAGUUCUCAGAGCCAACAUAUGC